GUUUCACUCUUUGUCUUCUCAGCCAAUAGGAAGCUUGCGCAGCACGAGGAUUUUGAGACCAUGAGGAUGAGCCAUGUGUCUGCUGGGGGCCGAUGGCCACUUCUACCCAGGCAACAAGAAGCUUCCCUUGAAAGUUUUCAGCGCAGCAUCGAAUGACUACGACAAUUCACAUUCCACCAUCGUCAUGCCUCUCGCUGAUGACGAGACUGUGUGCCCCGAGUUCCAACCCAACAUCUUCGACCCCUCCCGCUGCCACAGCUGCCUGCGUCAGAGGCACCUUCACCGUGACACCGAGGCGGGGCCGCAGCCGAAAUCCAACGCUGACUCUGUCGCCGGGGCUAAAUGUGGGACGGGACCAUGCAAUGGAACUCUCCCGCCGAUCCCUUCGCAGUCAGAGGAAAGGGACACCAGCACCAGUAAGGAGGAUUCGGAGCAUUUGUCGGUGGUGAGCAGCUACUGUGACGUCACUCGAGGGUCUCCGGGUCAGGAGGAGGGCUUUUUGUGUAUUUUGAGUCCAGACUGCGAGCUUUACAUCGGGGACACAUACGACAACAGCAGCACUGACAGCUGUCUUGACCCGAGUGAGUACCAGGAGCUCAGUGGUUCAGGCAGUGCAGAGGACGAAUACACACCCCAGAGAAUGACUCGACUUGACCUGCCACCUCACCGACCGACCCCUCGGGCCUGGAUGGAUGAAGCUCACAGCAGAGACAGCUUCAAUAGCCGCUUAGGGUUUAAAGAAGAUAGAGAAAAACGGGAAAGCGGCUACUUCUCUCUGGGCAGGGUAGCAGGUACCCGUGCUUCCCGGGAUAAAAGUCCACAGGCGCCUUUUCGUCAUUUGGAGAGAGGGCAUCCAAUCUUUAGUCCUAAAAACAUUGAGCCCAAAGAUACCAUCCCCUUCAGAAAUCCCAAUCUUGGGCUGGCAUCCGAGAGGCAGGUACCUGAGGUUCUGGAUAAAGAGCUGCCUGUGGAAAUCCCUCCUCCUGACCCUUAUGACAUUGCUCUUGAGGUGGAAGCACAGGUUGGCGCUCGUUCCCCAAGUCCAACUCCCUUCAAAAUAGCUGAGUCGCUGGUCUCUGUGGAGCGAAAAGGUUUCAUCAAUUCGUACGGCAGAGGAAAUGCUUCUUUUAAUUCUUCCUACAAACAAUUUGGGCGCUUUGAUUCAUCACUGCAUGGCUCAGUUCUACAAUCUCGUUCUUCCUCCCCGACACUUGGAAGCACUCGACUGUGGGGUAGUGACUUUCCUUCUCCCAUCAGAGGGAAUACCAUCGAUGGCAGAGGGCGAUCUCAAGGUAUCGAUCCACAAUUAAGAGCCUCUAUGCAGGGAUCAUAUGGACAACGUAUAGACUUUGGAACUUUUCCAAGAAAACUUAAAACUCUUUCUAAUUCAGUCAAAUCCCAAUACAAUAGGGUCUGUCAUUUUGGGAGUGCCGUACAAAAAACAGAAGUAGGCGAGUCCCACAGGGGUCUGAGUAUUGAAAGCAGGACCUCAUCUCCUGGCAAAGCAUUGCACCGCAAAACUGAAAAUACUAUCAGAUCAUUAGACAGAUUCAACAGUCAUACAACCUUUCCAUCAUAUAGGCCUUCUGAGAGUCACUAUGAAAUUCAUGGGUCCUCACCAACAACAAUGCACGGAUCAUCGGGCCAAUCUGUCCUUCGUAAGUCAGAAUCAUUUACAUCGCUGGACGGGAGAAAUCAUCAUGGACGGUGCGGGUCCCCAAUAAGAGAAGGCUAUGACAUUGAAAGUCAGGCUCUUCUACGAAAUAGACUUAAUAGCCCAGAUCAUGAAAAUCCUAGUGGCCCCACAACCGGACAUUGUUAUAGCGUACUAAGUCAGCCGAAACUUCACAAGACAGAAUUCAAUACUGUCAGUCGGAGUCGAGGCCUUGACAGCUGUUCUGAAAGAAGAUCCUGUAAAACUGCUGGUCAGUAUUCACUUCGAAAAACAGCCAGCAGUACGUCAUUUAAUAGUCAUGAAUGUCGCAAUUCCUCUCCUUCAGGCCGGGGUUAUGAACCCCCCGCUCAGUCUAUACUGCGCAAGUCCGAAGUUAAAAAUAGUGACAGCCGUAGCUCGUUGCCAUCAAGUCCAAGCCAAAGUGCACCCCAUCAAACAUCAUUUCACAAAAAGGAACUUAGCAGCUCUAUAAAAUUCAACAAUCACAAUAGCCGCAAUUCUUCUCCGUCAAGAAACGCUACCAAUGAUCCUGCAGGCUACUCCAUCCUUAGAAAGGCCACCAAUCAGAGAAAAAGCAAUUACACUGACUCAAAAUCCGCCCCUAAUCGUUCGAAAUGCUCGUGGCGGGGAUCAACACAUUCCCUGCCCAGCUCCUCUCUAUCCCGCGCUGCUUCUCCCACCGUGCAGAAUGUAAUAGUAAACAGAAAAGCUUCCGUCACCUUGCAAACUCCAAGAAGCCCGGGUGGUGCGAGAUCUAAGGUUGGAAGAUACGUCCUCGAAGAUCGCUACACCUGCCCUAAUGACAGGAGACCUCAUCAUGCUCGCCGGAGCCCUUCACCUACACCUCGGACAAAAAUGCAACAUCAUACCUUAUUGGAGAGCUCCAUGGAUUCCUCAGAGUCUGUGGCAUCCACUGGAAGAAGCAACGAGGCAUAUGCCGUGGUGGCUGAUCUGCCCAAGGUCAAAAAGAUCCAUCAGAUGGAUGACCAUAGCCACAUAGAAAGACCUCAGAAUCCCCAGCGCUCCCGUAGACAGGAACUCUUCAAACCAGCCAGCCACUCCCUGAGCAAGCAUCCCUCCAGAGAGUGGGAGGACACACGGGAAACCGAAAGGGAACUCCACUACGGCAGCAGUGGGUAUCUAGCUCGCGCUCACUCCUCCUCCUCGUUGCAGAGGUCUUGCAGUCCCACAGGAGAUGAGAGCAGUUCCUGGAGAGAUCCUCAUCACAGAUCAGAGCCGAUGCAGCCUGAUCUCCUAAACUUCAAGAAGGGGUGGAUGUCAAAACUGGACGACUGUGGAGAGUGGAAGAAGCACUGGUUUGUUUUAACCGAUGCGGGGCUCAAGUACUAUCGAGACUCCAGUGCAGAGGAGAAAGAUGAUUUGGAUGGUGAAAUUGAUCUGAAAUCCUGCGUCAAGGUUUCUGAGUUUGAUGUGGAGAAGAACUAUGGGUUUCAGAUACAGACACGGGAGGCCAUGUUUACACUUUCUGCCAUGACAGCAGGAAUCAGGAGGAACUGGAUUGAGGUUUUAAAGAAAUGCAUCAGGCCCAGUACCUCCCCAGACAUCACACAACUGCCUGACAGCAGUAGUGACAAAGAAAACUCCCACUCACGCCUCCAGCCGUCUUCCCGGCGGCCGUCAUCGCGUCACGGAGAUGUUUCGUCAGAAAUUCCUCCCACUCAACGUAGGUUUGACUAUGUUGAGCUGUCCCCGGUUCCUGCUUCGUCCAGCCAUGUCCAGGCCAAUCAGAGCGAGAUCGGGGAGGGACAGCAGAGGGAGCACAGCCAUUGGCAGGAAGACAAGACAAGAGACGCCACGUGCAGCCAGUGGGAGGCUGUGCUGUCUCGGAAGGGCACCAGCAGCGGAGUCAAUCAGAGACUACGCAUGGAAGAGGAGAUUGAGAAAAAGUGGGCAGAGUUUGAACGCAUGCCGUUAAAGGAGAAACCAAUAGUGGCGUCAUCGCCUUCCAGCCAGUCAGCCAAUGAGGCGCUGCAGAGGGAGGUGGCGUCACUGAGGCACCAGCUUGAGCAACUACAACAGGGGGGAGGGAGGGGAGGGGUUGGAGGCUUGCCGGGUGGCUGUGGUCCCAACGGUCCCUGCGGCCGCAGCCUGACUGCCAUGGACCGCGCUCAUCGACAAGCGAUGGAGGAGCUGCAGAGACAGCACGAGCGCCAGAUGGCCGAGUUAGAAAUGGAGAAAAAUAGGCUGUUGCUGGAGGAGAUUCAAGAUACGUCACGAGUGAUGGAGGCGCUCAAGAAAAAACACAAAGAAGAGCUGGAGAGAGAGGUGGAGAAGGUCAACAGACUCAGCAGUGGAUUGCUUGACCCACAGACUUUGCGCAUCCUACAACAGGCCGAGAGUCAGGCAUUGCAGAGAGAAUUAGGGGGGCUAUCGGAGCGCUAUUCUCAAAAGUGUCUGGAGCUGAACCGAGCUGAACAGAACAAUGCUGAAAGGGAGCGGGAACUCAGUCAAAAGGAGAGAGACUUGGAGCAGCUCAAGAAAGAGAACCAGAACUUAAAAGACCGUUUGGCAGAGGAGGUCAGCCGCAUACGAUGCAUCAACACAGAUAUGGGUUCAAAAGAGAACAACAAGACGCCCUCUGAAUUAGAGGUACUUCUCAGGGUAAAAGAAAAAGAGAUUGAGUACUUACAUAAGGAGAUCAACUGUCUAAGGAAUGAACUUCAGUUCCUUAACACGGAGAAGCGUCUGGCUGGUGAGCGUUUUGCAGAGAUCAAUGAGGAGCUGAGUGGGAUAAAAGGCCGGAGUGAGCGGGAGAUCCAGAGUCUCAAGGAGCACUUAAGGCUCGCCAUGGCCGCUCUGCAGGAGGGCCAAAGGCUGGGUAACAGCAUGGACCACUGAGUCGGCUGAGAAUCCUUUGUGAAAGGUGUGUCUGCUUCAUGUGACUGAAUGAACACAAGAUACAUAAAAUUAGAGGAAAUAGUCUCACUUUAGGUGGGGGGACCAUCAUCGUGCCUUUUGUUUCAAUCAUUCUGCCGAUCCAGCAGCUGGAAACUGUGUUCAUUACACUGGACAAUGUGUGAUAUACGUAUAAACUGCACUUUUCCAUUCUUACUGAAGCUUCUGCCUCAAGGGAGUAAAAGCAUGUAUGAGUGUGCAUUUUGUCUUAAAACUGGAAUGUUUCUCAAUUAUUUUUGGUAGUUAUAAGUAUUUCAGGUAAUUCUCAAACAUUGGAACCGUUUUGUGUCUGUUAAUAACUCAAGAACACAGAAUGACACAGAGCUACUAUCAUCUCAAUUUUUUUAUGUUGUACAGCUUUAAAAAAACUACACUUUGAUAUGAAAGCUCUUUUUUGUUGUUGUUUGUAAACAGGAAUCCUGAAUUUAGGUUGUUUUCUGUAAAGAUGCAGAAAAGAACUGGGAUUAACACAAAAUAUCCUUCUUAGUAAGAUGAUUAGACGUGAAUCUGGGCUUGUCUCCUCCCAAAUUUCCUCCAAUUUCUUUGACUGGAAAAGCUCAUUAUUGCUUUUCACCCGAUAACACCCCUAAGAUUCUUUCCCCAUCGUCUUCAUCAUUACUGGACUAAACAAAAUUGACAAGCAUUGCAUUAAUGAGCCAAUUUGUCGGCAAAUAUGGAGUGUUGACAACAAUAUAUUGUGAUAAAAUGACAUCUACCUUUUAGAAAAAAAAUAUUUAAUAUACUGUAUUUCUCGUAUUUUGUAAAUUAUACACAUUUUGCAAUCAAUAAAAUAAGAAAAGCUA